CAUGGAGAAUAAAGAAACCCUCAGGGGGUUGCAGAAGAUGGAUGACCGCCCAGAAGAGCGCAUGAUCAGGGAGAAACUCAAGGCAACGUGUAUGCCAGCCUGGAAACAUGAAUGGCUGGAAAGAAGAAGCAGGAGAGGCCCUGUGGUGGUGAAACCUAUCCUUGGGAAAGAAGAUGGAUUGGAAAUGAACAAACUCUCCCUAGAACCUCAAGCUGAAGGACAAAAUGCUGCUCCUUCACCUACACAGAAAGGAAGACGUAGUCCUUCUCCUAGUAGCUCCUCUUCAUCAUCUACUAGGACUGUUAAAUCUGAAUCACCAGGUGUUAGAAGAAAAAGGGUGUCUCCAGUGCCUUUUCAGAGUGGACGAGUAACACCACCUCGACGAGCCACGUCUCCAGAUGGAGUCUCUCCCUACAGCCCCGAGGAAACAAAUCGCCGUGUCAGCAAGGUUAUGCGAGCCAGGCUGUACUUGCUGCAGCAGAUAGGACCCAACUCUUUCUUAAUUGGAGGAGACAGCCCUGAUAACAAAUACAGAGUGUUUAUUGGGCCUCAGACUUGUAGCUGUGGCCGUGGGACAUUUUGUAUUCAUCUGCUGUUUGUUAUGCUGAGGGUGUUCCAGCUUGAACCCUCAGACCCAAUGCUCUGGAGGAAGACUCUGAAGAAUUUUGAGGUUGAGAGUUUGUUCCAGAAAUAUCACAGUAGGCGUAGCUCGAGGAUCAAAGCUCCAUCUCGUAACACCAUCCAGAAGUUUGUCUCACGCAUGUCAAAUUCUCAUACAUUGUCAUCAUCUAGUACUUCUACAUCUAGUUCAGAAAACAGUAUGAAGGAUGAAGAAGAGCAGAUGUGCCCCAUUUGUUUGUUGGGCAUGCUGGAUGAAGAGAGCCUAACUGUGUGUGAAGAUGGCUGCAGGAACAAAUUACACCACCACUGCAUGUCAAUAUGGGCAGAAGAAUGCAGAAGGAACAGAGAGCCACUUAUCUGUCCUCUUUGUAGAUCUAAGUGGAGAUCUCAUGAUUUCUACAGUCAUGAAUUGCCAAGCCCGGUGGAUUCUUCUGUUCUCCGUGUGGUUCAGCAACAAACUCAGCAGCAAUCUGCAACCGGAUUACCGAGGAGAACCCAAGAUAGCAGUUUUAACCUUACUCAUUAUGGGGUCCAGCAGAUCCCUUCUGCCUAUAAAGAUUUAGCUGAGCCAUGGAUUCAGGUUUUUGGAAUGGAAUUAGUCGGCUGCUUGUUUUCUCGAAACUGGAAUAUACGAGAGAUGGCACUUAGACGUCUUUCCCAUGAUGUUAGUGGUGCUCUGUUACUGGCUAAUGGUGAAAGCACUGGAAAUUCUGGAAGCAGCAGUGGAAACAACACAAGUGCUGUAGCUCUGGGAGCAGCUAGUGGAUCAUCUCAGACCAGUGUCUCAGGAGAUGUGGUGGUGGAAUCCUGCUGUAGUGUGCUGUCCAUGGUCUGUGCUGACCCUGUCUACAAAGUGUAUGUUGCUGCUUUAAAAACUUUAAGAGCUAUGCUGGUAUAUACACCCUGUCAUACUUUGGCAGAGAGGACUAAACUACAGAGACUUCUCAAGCCAGUUGUAGAGACAAUACUAGUUAAAUGUGCAGAUGCCAACAGUCGAACAAGUCAACUUUCAGUCUCAACGCUAUUGGAGAUGUGUAAAGGUCAAGCAGGCGAGCUGGCAGUUGGGAGAGAAAUACUUAAAUCUGGGUCCAUUGGUAUUGGUGGUGUUGAUUAUGUCUUAAACUGUAUUCUUGGAACCCAAACCGAAUCUAGCAACUGGCAAGCGCUACUGGGGAGACUUUGUCUAAUUGACAGACUUCUAUUGGAAUUUCCUGGUGAAUUUUAUCCCCACAUUGUCAGUGGAGAUGUUUUACAGGCUGAUACCAUCGUAGACAGGUAUAAGAAACUUCUCUCUCUCUUAACUUUCGCCUUGCAGUCAAUUGACAAUUCCCACUCAAUGGUCGGUAAACUAUCACGGAGAGUAUUUUUGAGUGCAGCAAGAAUGGUUGCAAGAGUGCCUCAUGUUUUUGUAAAGCUGUUGGAAAUGUUGAGUGUGACAAGCUCAACUCAUUAUGCAAGGAUGCGUCGACGUCUGAUGGCAAUAGCAGAUGAAAUGGAAAUUGCAGAAGCCAUCCAGCUAGGCAUGGAAGAAUUGCACUCUGGGGAAUGUCGACACGAAGACUUUUUGCAGCUACCUGUACCAGAUAACUCUCCAGAAGCUACAGAAAGUAAUACUCCUAACAAUACUGUCCAGUUAUCAGGGAAAAGUGGGAAAGGUUUAAGUGAUAAAAAACAGAGUGCCAGUCCAGAGGACAUUUCUGAGACGCUGGCUGGCCUUGCUGUGGGACCUCCUGUUUCAUCAGUAACCACUGAGCAACCAAAGCCAGCCAUUCAAACAAAAGGAAAACCCCACAGUCAGUGUUUGAACUCUUCUCCCUCAUCUAGUCAUUCCCAGUCGCUGUUCCCCACACUUCUGCCUCCUUCAAACCCAUCUGUACCAGCUGGCACUGUAACAGAUGUUUCUAAGCCCAGACCUCAGGGAUUCGUUCCCUGCAAAAUCCCCUCACCUUCUCCUCAAACACAGCGGAAGCUUUCUAUCCAGUUUCAGAGGAACUGCUCUGAAAAUAAAGAACCAGAGAAACUCUCUCCAGUUUUUACCCAAGCCAGGCCACUGCCAUCCAGUCACAUACACAGGCCAAAGCCGUCACGACCCACUCCAAGUGAUGUGAACAGGCAGGGAGAAACCUUAAAAAACAGUAUGAAGCUUGACCUGAGUGAUAUUUCGCAGUGUGAUGGCCAGGGUGGUAGCAGCAGUGACGCAGUUAUACCGAGUGAAGAGACGGUGUUCACACCGGUAGAUGAGAAGUGUCGACUGGAUGUUAAUGCAGAGCUCAAUUCCAGUAUUGAGGACCUGCUCGAGGCUUCCAUGCCAAUGAGUGAUGGCACAGUCACAUUCAAGUCUGAAGUUGCCGUUCUUUCUCCUGAGCGGGCAGAAAAUGAUGAUACUUACAAAGAUGAUGUAAAUCACAAUCAAAAAUGCAAGGAAAAGAUGGAAGCAGAAGAGGAGGAAGCUUUAGCUAUUGCCAUGGCAAUGUCAGCGUCUCAAGAUGCCCUGCCAAUAAUUCCCCAACUACAGGUCAAAAACGGUGAAGAUAUCGUAAUCAUUCAAAAGUAUACACCAGAAACCCUGCCUGGACAUACCAAAGCAAAACACCAUUACAGAGAAGAUGCAGAAUGGCUUAAAGGUCAGCAAAUUGGUCUUGGAGCUUUCUCUUCCUGUUACCAAGCUCAAGAUGUAGGAACGGGGACAUUAAUGGCUGUAAAACAGGUGACGUAUGUCAGGAACACCUCAUCUGAGCAAGAGGAGGUAGUUGAAGCACUGAGAGAAGAAAUAAGGAUGAUGAGUCAUCUGAACCAUCCUAACAUCAUUCGAAUGUUGGGUGCUACGUGUGAGAAGAGCAACUAUAACCUCUUUAUUGAAUGGAUGGCAGGAGGUUCGGUUGCUCAUUUGUUAAGUAAAUAUGGAGCCUUCAAAGAAUCGGUUAUUAUUAAUUACACAGAACAACUGUUACGUGGCCUUUCUUACCUCCACGAGAAUCAGAUAAUCCAUAGAGAUGUUAAAGGUGCCAAUUUGCUAAUUGACAGCACAGGUCAUAGAUUAAGAAUUGCUGAUUUUGGAGCUGCAGCCAGGUUGGCAUCAAAAGGAACAGGUGCUGGGGAGUUUCAGGGACAGUUGUUGGGAACUAUUGCCUUUAUGGCACCGGAGGUUCUGAGGGGUCAGCAGUAUGGCAGGAGCUGUGAUGUGUGGAGCGUUGGCUGUGUUGUUAUAGAAAUGGCUUGUGCUAAGCCUCCGUGGAAUGCAGAGAAACACUCCAAUCAUCUUGCUCUGAUAUUUAAGAUUGCCAGUGCAACUACUGCUCCAUCGAUCCCUACACAUCUGUCUCCUGGCUUGAAAGAUGUGACUCUUCGGUGUUUAGAACUUCAGCCUCAGGACAGACCCCCGUCGAGGGAGCUGCUGAAACACCCCGUCUUCCGUACCGCGUGGUAGCCAGCCACUCACCUGUGAGGCUGGUGCCAGGAAGAAGAUGCUACUGAAUCUACAAUAACUGUCUAGCAGUGCAGUUAAGCACAGCAAAUCAUAUUGUUCUGCCGGCCUUAAUGGCAGAUACAUCAAGGACUUAAGGCCAGUGGAGGGCCCUACCUAAGUAUGUGAUUGACAAAUCGAGACCUUUACCUAAGCUCAGUAUGCAACAUUUCGCAACUCGUGCAGAGGUUUGUAAACUGUGCCUUUCAAACAUCUGGCUCUAUGUGAACACAACACGUUUUUCCUUAAAUCUGCAUGAUUGCUUAGCGGAUAAGCGAUUUUUAUUUGGAGCACUUUUUCUGCAAUAUUAGCAGCUGAGAGGCUCAGGACCUUAUUUAAUAUAGCAAUCACAGUUCAAUUUCACAUCAUGUAGAUGUAAGGAGAGGAUUCUGCAGUUAG